GCAAUCAAAUCGCACGUGUACGGUAACUGCGUGUCGGAAUAAGGCAAGCGUGAUAUCCAAUCUGCUCAAGAGAUUGCGCGUGCCCGCAAAAUAAAAAAAGUGUGGUAAAACACAAAACUGAAUCAAUUUCUGUGUAGAGGCAGCCGGAAUUAUGCCUCGCCAGCUUCGUCUUUGCCGUCUUGUUGUGCAUUGAAAUCGAGUCCAAUGACCAGCUCUCGAGCUGGUGCUUAAGAAAGAGUUUUGCACUUUAAGACCGUCGUCGCCGGUCAGCGAGCAGGCCUUGACCCAAAGCCCAGAAGAGUUCAGAGAUCCCUCUUGAUAUAGCCCAGUUAUAUAAUCGCACUUGCAAUUGCAAUUAAAAUCAAAAGUAGUGUGAAUUGGCAAAACAAGAAAAAAAACCGAAAAGGAAAAACAUGUGGCCAAAGUGUGUGAGGAAACCAAUAAGUGCAGACUUUUGGCUGCAGCUGCUCUGCGUGAGUUUUACACUCUCCCGCCUGGAAUUCGCCGCUGGCCAAAAUGCGGGAGUUGUGGCAGCUGCGGUGGCAGCUGGACAAAAUCAAACCCAGGUCUAUGUGACAGAUUCUUGCCUGCAGAAACCGUACCGUUGUCCUCACCCCAAGAUCCAGUUCUAUCUCUAUACGAGGCGCACCCAGGAGCAGCCGGAAUUCAUAGAUGUCCUGGACGCCAAUGCCCUAUACUACACGCACUUCAAUCCCCGCCAUCCCACUAAGAUCAUAAUCCAUGGCUUUGGGGGCGGCCGAAACCUGAGCCCCAGUCCCGAUCUCCGAGAGGCCUACUUCAGUGUAGGCGAGUAUAAUAUCAUCAUCGUGGACUAUGCCGAUGCCGUCAAGGAACCCUGUCUGAGUCAAAUGGACUGGGCUCCUCGCUUUGGCAGUCUGUGCAUCUCCCAGCUGGUUAAAUACCUCGCCCGACAUCCGCGUGGAGUUCAGCCGGAUGAUCUGCACUUCAUUGGAUACAGUGUGGGGGCCCAUAUCGCCGGUCUGGUGGCCAACUAUCUUAAGCCGGAGGAGGGAAAGCUGGGCAGGAUCACUGCUCUGGAUCCAACGAUAUUCUUUUAUGCUGGGGCGAAUAACUCCAGGGAUUUGGAUACCACUGAUGCCCACUUUGUAGAUGUCGUGCACACCGGCGCUGGCAUCCUGGGGCAGUGGCACUCCAGUGGCCAUGCGGAUUUCUAUGUGAACGGAGGCACCAGGCAGCCGGCUUGUGUGGGAUCAGCCACCCUAUUCCAAACCUUGGCCUGUGAUCACACGAAGGUUACGCCCUACUUUAUUGAAUCCAUAACCACGACCAGGGGAUUCUAUGCGGGUCCCUGCCCCAACCUGUUCUCUUACCUUAUAGGAUGGUGUGAGCCCAAGGACUCGGAAUAUGUGCUGAUGGGCGAACACUGUUCCCAUAAAGCUCGAGGUAACUAUUAUGUGACGACCAACGCCAAGGCGCCCUUUGCUCGAGGAUUUCCGGGAAAAGGGCGAUCCAAUGGAGAGUACCAGGGAGUACGGCGAUAAGGCUCAUCAACUUGGCAAAGUCGGAGAAAUGAAUUUACAUUUAUUUGUAUUUGAAUAGUUGGAAUAUGCAUCUUUACACCGUAGCACUCAUGUGAUUUUAGCUUGUUUCCUAAUUGAUACCUAUUUAUUUCAUAUUUUUGUUAUUAGUUCUAAAGGCAGCCAUUUUUCGUUGGGACUUGUACAAAUGAAUAGUUAAGUUUAUGCUGAAGGUUGUGUGAAGAAUAAAAACUCAAUUUGUUUGGCGUAAUUUUUAA